CCACGAUCAUUGAAUAAUGCGCAGACCAUAAAUACAAUUCGACAACGGCAGCUCGCUGCAGAAUCUUCUUCUGUCUGGACUCGUAUUAAGGCUGACUCGCCAGAAUGGACAGCUCAAAUUCUUCUCGUGUAGAAAGCGAGACUACACCUCUGAUCCCUGCAGGGGUCUCGAAAAAGCCUAAAACGCCUCUUCCAAAACUUCAGAUAGGUAUACUUAUGGUACUGCGACUUGUGGAACCUAUCGCUUCGAUGUCGAUAUUCCCGUACGUUAAUCAGCUUAUCAAAGAACUUGGCAUCACUGGAGGCGACGAUGCGGCUGUAGGAUAUUAUGCUGGAAUAAUUGAAUCUUUAUUCUACUUCGCGCAGGCACUGACAGUGCUGAGGUGGAGUCGGUUAUCUGACCAUAUUGGACGCAAGCCAGUGUUAUUGGUGGGACUAUCAGGAACUUGCAUCUCCAUGCUAUGUUUUGGUCUCUCCACAUCGUUCUGGAGCCUCGUCAUUAGCCGCUGUAUGUGCGGUAUACUAAACGGCAACGUUGGAGUCAUGAGGACCAUGAUGGGUGAAUUGACAGACUCUACAAAUAUGGCUCAGGGAUUUGCCUUGAUUCCAGUCGUCUGGUGCAUUGGAAGUUUCGUUGGCCCUUUAAUAGGCGGAACACUCGCGCGUCCACAAGUUACCUGGCCUGGUUUAUUUGCUCAUCCAUUUUGGAGCAAAUACCCAUACUUUCUACCUUGUGCAGUGUCUGCCUGUCUUAUUGUGCUGGCCUUUUUCAUCCUGUUAUUUUUUUUAGAAGAAACAUUAUCGACCAAGCGUCGAUCAAAAUUGAAAUCAAUUACCCUAGGCAUUUCAAGUGGUGCCGACAGUGACGAUCGAGAAGCCCUUGCCCAAAAGUCUAUGGCGAACAUGCCCUUGCGUUCUCUGCUCACGCCUACUAUUAUAAUUCCAAUUGCAAACUACGCUAUGAUUGCUUUGCUUGACAUUUCUUUCAUCGUUCUUUUGCCGCUAUUCUUUUCGACACCUACCUAUCUCGGCGGCCUUGGUUUUACUCCUUCUUAUAUCGGUUCAUGGCUGGCGUUGUUUGCAGUUGUGGAUGGUGUCUUCCAGGCACUGUUUUUCGCCAAAAUUGUCGAUUGGCUUGGUCCAAAGCGUCUCUUCUGUUUGUCAGUGUCGUGCUUUGCCCCAGUCAUCCUUUUAUUUCCGUUCAUGUCAUGGCUCGUACACGCAAGGGGGAUAGUUGAUCAUGCAAUUACGUUUACCUUGGUUGGCCAACUAAUUCUGACAGUUAUGUGGGAUAUGGCAUUUGGGACUGUCUUCAUGUUUAUCACGGCCUCUGCUCCUGCAAAGAACGUCCUUGGCGCUGUCAAUGGUCUCGGCCAAACCUCCGCAUGCAUGGCUCUCUAUGUCAUGUUGAUUAUGCUGGCUGGUGUAUUGAGGUGGCUGGGCUCGCAGUUGCCAGAUGAAAUACAAAAUAGGGAUGAGUAA